CGUCACUUCCGCUUCCGCCGGGGAGAGCCUGGCUCCGCAGUCAUGAGUCGCUUCAAGUUUGUGGAUAUUGGUAUCAACCUGACAGAUCCUAUGUUCAGAGGAAUUUAUAGGGGGGUUCAAAAGCAUCAAGAUGACUUACAAGAUGUAAUACAGAGAGCUGUCCAAAUUGGUGUUAAAAAGUUUAUGAUUACAGGUGGAAAUUUACAAGACAGUAAAGAUGCACUGGAUUUGGCACAAACAAAUGAUAUGUUUUUCAGUACAGUUGGAUGUCACCCUACAAGAUGUGAUGAUUUUGAAAAGAAUAACCCUGAUCUUUACUUCAUGGAAUUGCUAAAUCUUGCUGAAAACAACAAGGGGAAAGUUGUAGCAAUAGGGGAAUGUGGACUUGAUUUUGACCGACUGCAGUUUUGUCCCAGACAUACGCAGCUCAAAUAUUUUGAAAAACAAUUUGAAUUGUCAGAACAGACAAAAUUACCAAUGUUUCUUCACUGUCGAAACUCACAUGCUGAAUUUUUGGAUAUAAUGAAGAGAAAUAGAGAUCGGUGUGUAGGUGGAGUAGUGCAUUCAUUUGAUGGUACCAAGGAAGCAGCAGCUGCUUUGAUUGACUUGGAUCUCUAUAUAGGAUUUAAUGGUUGCUCACUGAAAACUGAGGCUAAUUUGGAGGUUUUGAAGUCAAUACCUAGUGAAAAACUAAUGAUUGAGACUGAUGCACCUUGGUGUGGAGUCAAAAGUACACAUGCUGGUUCAAAAUAUAUAAAAACUUCAUUUCCUACCAAAAAGAAAUGGGAAAAUGGGCACUGUUUGAAAGAUAGAAAUGAACCCUGCCAUAUAAUCUGUACUGAGGAGGAAAAUGGACCACCACUGAUGUCAGAAGAUUUUUAAACCUGGGCUCUGGCAACCACUUAUUUGCUGUGUAUCUAUCAAAAGCAAAAACACAGCCUCUAAGACCCUCAGUUUUCUCACUUGCAAAAUGAGAAUACCACCACCCACCUCUGAGGGAUUUCUGAAGGUUAACUAUUAGGUUAGAUAAUACUAGUAAAAAUGCUUUGAAAAAAUAAAGUACCAAACAAAUGUAAAAUA